GGACGCUAUAAGAGGGCGGCGGUCGCGGCGCGCCCUGCGCGGAGCCCGGAGCGCGAUGGUCAGCCGCCGCGGCGCGGCAAGAUGCUGGAUGGGUCCCUUCUGGCGCGCUGGCUGGCCGCGGCCUUCGGGCUGACGCUGCUGCUCGCCGCGCUGCGCCCUUCGGCCGCCUACUUCGGACUAACAGGCAGUGAACCCCUGACUAUCCUCCCCCUGACGCUGGAGGCUGAGGCUGCAGCCCAAGCACAUUACAAGGCCUGUGACAGGCUGAAGCUGGAGCGCAAGCAGCGUCGCAUGUGCCGCAGGGACCCGGGUGUAGCCGAGACGCUGGUGGAGGCCGUGAGCAUGAGUGCCCUGGAGUGCCAGUACCAGUUCCGCUUUGAGCGCUGGAACUGCACCCUGGAGGGCCGCUACCGAGCCAGCCUGCUCAAGCGAGGCUUCAAGGAGACUGCCUUCCUCUAUGCCAUCUCCUCUGCGGGCCUGACGCACGCACUGGCCAAGGCGUGCAGCGCAGGGCGCAUGGAGCGCUGUACCUGUGACGAGGCCCCUGACCUGGAAAACCGGGAGGCCUGGCAGUGGGGUGGCUGCGGAGACAACCUCAAGUACAGCAGCAAGUUUGUCAAGGAGUUCCUGGGCCGGCGCUCAAGCAAGGAUCUGCGAGCCCGAGUGGACUUCCACAACAACCUCGUGGGUGUGAAGGUGAUAAAGGCCGGAGUAGAGACCACCUGCAAAUGCCAUGGCGUGUCUGGCUCCUGCACGGUGCGGACCUGUUGGCGGCAGCUGGCGCCCUUCCACGAAGUGGGCAAGCACCUGAAACACAAAUAUGAGACGGCGCUCAAAGUGGGCAGCACUACCAAUGAAGCCACGGGCGAGGCCGGAGCCAUCUCCCCACCACGGGGCCGGGCCUCUGGGUCAGGAGGUGGUGACCCACUGCCCCGAACGCCGGAGCUGGUCCACCUGGACGACUCACCCAGCUUCUGCCUGGCUGGCCGCUUUUCCCCUGGCACUGCAGGCCGCAGGUGCCACCGUGAGAAGAACUGCGAGAGUAUCUGUUGUGGCCGUGGCCACAACACCCAGAGCCGUGUGGUAACGAGGCCCUGCCAAUGCCAAGUGCGCUGGUGCUGCUACGUGGAGUGCAGGCAGUGUACACAGAGGGAGGAAGUCUACACCUGCAAGGGCUGACCUCAGGCCCCGUGGCCCUGCCACGAGGGGCAUGGGCUUUGUACACAGCACCAGAAGAAUUCUCCACCUGCAGGAGCUGACCCUGGCCUCUGCCAGCCUUUCUGCAGGGGCUGUAGUCACUGCACACAGUGCAUGGGAUCUUAACCUGCAGAGAGUGAGCCCUGCAGGGCCAACCUAUCCUGCUGCGUGGGGCACAGGUGUCACAAACAACACAGAAGGUCUGCAAGGAAGGAGAGGUGCCCCUAGCACACUUGGGCCCUGGUAUGCCGACAGCUGGUUGGCUGUCUUCCUUCUCAAAGGCCCAGAGGGCGGGGCUGGCCCCUGUCUGGCCUCCUCAACCCUUUUGCUUAUGCCUUCCUCCCCUUGACGCGAGAGCGUUGCAGUAAUGCUUUCUCAGUUGCCUCCGUCCCUGACACACCAGUCCCUAGAGUACAGCCCUUGUCAGGGACCAGUGUGUCGACUGCCCCCUCCCUGCCUCUUGGCUUCCUCUGAGGCUUGGAGGGCAGGUGCACCGUCAUAAUCACAUGGCUGCCCUUCUGGGCCAGCAGCCUGGUGCCAGCACUGUCUUCAGAGAGCCAAACCACUAGGAGAGGGCAGCCACUCCGUCUCCAGGGCCCAGCCUCUGGCCCUCUGACCCUGAGCACUUCCUUGGAGUAUCAGAGACUUUUAAAUUAUUAUUAUUUAACUAAUAUAGUAAUUAUUAUUUUCUCUAUCCCCUUGCCUCCUAAUCUGUGGCUCUUUCCUCUGACCUGCCCCAGGCCCAACCAAGCCAGUCUGGGAAGCCCCGCCUUCCGUCCCUCUGUACUGUCCCUGCUUGCUCUAGUUUGAAACCACUAAAUCAGUGUCAUGUUUGGAAAGAAAUGAAGCAAUGGGCCUAACCAUGGCCCUCAGGGCUUUUGGGAGCCUCCCCCCAUCCUACCUUACCUGGGGUUCAGAGGCUCUUGGUGUGGUUCUGUACCCUGCAGGUGUAGUGACCAGGUUGCUGGAUAUGGAUUGUGGGGUCUAGGGUGCUGGAGGCAUGGGCGUGGUGACAGAGGCAGGAUUAGCUUUUAGAAUGUCCAUCUCAGGAAGCCACGCUUGCUCUGUGUCACCAAGGGAGGUAUGGCGGGACAGACACACUUGCUGUCACCAGGUCUUGCUGAUGUCUACACUGAGCUGGUGUUGGGUGUGCGUGCAUGGGUUGUGUGAGAAUGUGAGUAUAUGUACUCUGACCUGUCGUGACCAGCAUCCAUUUGGCCUGUGCCCUCUGCAAUAUGGUGACUCCCUGGCUCCCAGGAAGCCCAGCUUUAGGUUUGUGUGGGAAUCCCAUGGCUACGUGGGCUAGAGUGUGGGUAGUGAGGCAGGAACUACUGAGGAAGGGGUGGCUCCCCUGGAGCUCCAGGGGUCCAGAAUGCCCAAGCCUGGGGUGGUGGUAAGACUGUGUCUUAAAAGGAAAACUAUUUAUGUGGAUGAGGGACUCUGGUCCCUCUUGGAUGUGUAAAUAGCAAAGUUUAUUCUCCUGUGGUUUAUGAUAGCCCACCGAUGAAUGCCACGUUCCCAGGAUGAGAAUCUGAGUGGCAUCCGCAGUGACUGGUGGGUGGGGAGGGCACCCCGCACUUCUUAGAAGUCUGUACCCAGUCACGCUGUCACUACCGUCUGGAGCUUCAUCCCUGUAAGCUCUGGAGAAAGGAGCCUGCCAGUUCAGAGGAAGAAUAUUUUUAUCGAAUACCACAUUUAGCUCUAUGUCCUCAAUAUUCAGAAAAGUAUUUUUUAAAACAAGGCAGAAUGAAAAUGUCUGCCAGCUGGUUUGUUUCUGUAUAAAUAUAUACUAGAAUGUCUUUCUGGAUGAAGCAACUCCCACAGGCCAGAGCCUCUUGGAUCUUCUUCUCUUCUGUGGGCAGUCGGGUGAGCAACUGCCCCGCUCCCGCUGGCCACCCAGCGUAUGCUGGCUCCGAGGCCUGCUGCCGGCCUCCCUGGCAGGGCGACGGACACACAAGGGAGCGCGGUCUGUGUGUGGAGUCCUGUGCAGCCUGUGAUUUCUCUACCUCAUCUGUGUGGCGAGUAGGUGUGAACCUGAGUGACUGCAGAGAAUGUAUUUAUUUAACAGCUUUGUGUAACAAAACCAGAAACAAAUGGAAACACUAAAUAAAUGUA